UGUGUGUGUGUGUGUGUGUGUGCUGUGUGAAGAUGGCGGAGGCCGCUGAGAGUCCGAGACGCAGAUUUUUCUGUCACUGCUGUAAAAGUGAGGUGGAGCCCAAAGUGCCGGAAUAUCUGUGCCCCAGGUGUGAGUCUGGCUUCAUCGAGGAGGUGACUGAGGACUCCAGCAUUCUACAGAGUGGUGGUGUUGCUAAUGAUGGAGUAUCGGGCAGUGAUGGCAUGGCCUCACAGUUUGCUGAGUUGUGGCAGCUGCUCUUCAUGGAACGGUCUGCCCUCCUCUCCGACCCCACUAUCUCAGGCUCAGAACCACUCCAUGGCAGUUCUGCUGUGCAGACUGUAGUUGCUGAUCAUCCACCAGAGAUGUUGAGGCCUGUAGCUGGUCCUGAAGGGCCUUCAGAAGCCACAGCUCCUGAGCAGGUGCCUCAACAGCUCAGUCAACGGAGGCACUCUCGACCAGACCGAGGACCAGCAGUGGAGGGAAUUGUUCAGCAGUUCUUGGCUGGCCUGUUCGCCAACUCUGGUAGUAUGAAUUCCCAGUCAGCAUCAUGGUCUGGAAUGUUGCACUCAAACCCCGGAGAUUAUGCCUGGGGACAAGGAGGUUUUGAUGCUGUCAUUACACAGUUGUUGGGUCAGUCGGAGAACGCUGGUCCACCGCCUGCAGAGAAAGAAAUGAUCUCAUCCCUCCCUACCGUCCACGUCUCAUCAGAACAGGCUGCAUGUCGUCUGGAAUGUCCCGUGUGCAGAGAGGAGUACUCGGUAGGGGAAUCGGUCCGACAGCUGCCCUGCCUGCACUGUUUUCACAGUGACUGCAUUGUGCCUUGGUUACAACUGCAUGAUACAUGCCCUGUCUGUCGCAAGAGUCUGAAUGGUGAAGAUUACAGCCUCCAGAGCCAGCCUGCACCUCAGGAGACCAGUACUCUCACCAUGGAACCCUACAGGACCCAGCAUUUAUGAUGAUGUUUCCUUAUCGUCUCUCUUUUGCAAGCCGUCCACCCGAGAGAGACAUAAAGCACUCCAGGGGACACCAUUUGGACUCACUGUUUGGGGAGAAGUCUCUGAGCGAUCUUUCUGAGGGGGUCAAUAAACCCUGAUUCUUACUGAUAUUAUGCACAGCAAUAAUGCACACGAUCACUUUUUUCUAAAGUGAGCCUACUGUAUGUAUUUUCUGACAAGAGAAGCUUACAUUUGUACAGCUCAACAUGGAAUUAAAUUUUCAAGGAAGCCAUCCUUAAUUUAUGAGUCCAUGUUAAUAACAAGUUGAAAGACAAACACAUAUUUGCUGUUAGAUUUUUCAGAGCCCAUAAUGUUUAGUGUAUCCCAAAAAAUCGGCAUAACUCACAUUGCUUUACAUGUGAACGGCUACCACUUUGGGAGACUCUGCAAUCUGCAUAAAACAUGAAGGAAACAGCUUCAAAGAGUGAAUGAUUUUUGAUCUUUGAGAAAUCUAUUGUAUUCUCAGGCAGUGUCCUCACUGAAUGUAUCGACUGAUUAACUCUAUCAGAUCUAUUUUUGGUUUAGUUUAAGUAAUUAUUAUAACGUCUUCAUGGUCAGCGACUCACAGGGCCUAGUUCAAGUAGUCUGUCCUUGAUGAGCUGCUUAUAUUUGUCUGUUUGGCUUUGAUUAGUCUUAUCUUGAAGCUGAUGUGCUGAUAAUUCCUGCAGUUUAGCUCAACGGCAGAAACCAGAAAAUAUGAAAUUCAGGACACAACAAGCUUAUACAGUAUUUUUAAGGAAGUAUACAACACCUUCAAACACUGUACACCUAUUGUUUCCUUACUCAGGUUUUUUUUUACAGAUCUGUUGUACUUCUCCUGCCUCAGCAUUAUCUUUGGACAUAACAAUGCUCAGGACAAAUCCUAGGACAGUUCACUAAGUUUAGAUUGAGAAAGAGGAGAAUUUUCACACUUUAACAUUAUUCUUGAACAUCAUGUCAUAAGCUAUGGGGAACCGCAACCCAAAAUGAGUUUAUAAAAAUAAAUAAAUAGGAAUCUUGGUGGUGUUUGUCUUGUAUGUAUAUAUAUGUCUGUAUUAGGGGUCACAUAUCCUAUCCACAAAGGGUCAGUGUGGGUGCAUGUUUUCAUUGACACCUGAUUCGACUUGUUUAAUCUCUUUAAUCAGCCUUCAAACAAUUGACCAGUUUUAUGAGGUAUGCUCCUGCUUGACUGGAAUGAAAACCUACACCAACACUGGCGACCCCUGGUGACCCCUGGUCUAUAUGUAUAAACUUUUAUUUACAUUAGUAAUAUUGGACAUUCAUUGCUGAAUGUCAUAGUGGCGGCCCAUUCACAAAAAGAACUCCACUGUUGAGAAUAAAACUGGUAUACAUUUCUUGCAUGAUGUUGGGUGGCAUCACAGGGCAAAUGACACCUGUUGGAGCUGUUUUUUGUUUGAUGAUAAAUUUCCUCUUUUGAAAAAAGGGGGGCUUUGUGUCUCCUUUGCUUUGUUCUGCUUUGUUACAGUUAAUAGCCAACAGCUCCUCAAAAACAGUCCAUAGAAA